CAUGUGUGUGUGGGAAAUACGAAAUGGUGUUUGUAAACUUGCAGUGUCAACAUAUUCUUUCUCAGGUAUUUGAGUUUCAUUUAGGGAAACUAAAUACCCAAUGGCUCUGUAAUACAAGGAAAGAAAUAAACUGUAUUUGUAAAGUCUGUGUGUGAAGUUUGUCAGCAUAUAAUAUGUUUCAGAACCCAUCCGAAGAACUGAAAGAGAGGGUUAAACUUGCCCUUGCCAUAGCCAUAGUCAGAUCAAAACCAACAAAUAUCACAGCAAAACAAGUAGCAGUAUCACUUAAAAAGAAGCUUGAAACUGAACAAUCUACUGUUUGGAGGAGGAAGACAGAUUUAAAUCUAAGACAGAGAAUACACAAGCUGAAACAUGAGCUACUUUACAGUGCUCUUCCAUCAGAAUCAACAAAUGUAUCGGAUUUCCCUUUGGGUGGAGACAUUCCUGGUAAAGAUAUUCCAGAUGGAGCUGAAGAAGAUGCCACAGAGGAGACUGAGUUUCAUUUGAUGUUCAUUCAGUCAAUGGUGCAACUGAAAUCAGCUGUUAGUACUUGUACAUUUCUGAGGGCAUCUGUCUUGAAAACAAUUGUUAACUCCAUGGCUACAGAUGUCUUAUAUCCUGGCAAAGAAUUUGGUGCAGAACAUAACACUUCCAUUUGUGACGUGGAAUCAGUAUAUUCUUUAAACACCAUGCAAAGUGGGCCACAAAUGACUGGGGACUCAGGAUAUGGUAGUGUUGAAGUAGGGAAGGAAAGUGACAGGAAAAUUCCAAGUAGUCUUUUGAAAUACAUAUUGUGUGAUUCUGAUGCCAAUGAUCUCAUCGUAAAAUCUGUUGAGACAGUGCUUAGUUAUUUGGAGAAAUCAUUGUCAGGUGAUGAUGAAGGAAUUCUGGAAAAAAUUGUAAGAGACUGGAGGAAUUCUCUCCUUGAAGAUGCUGUAAACAUUUUAACUGAUACAGUAAACAUAUUAACUCAGUAUGACCAAGGUUCUGGUGAAUGUCGUUCAGCUUGCUUCGGUUUUAUCAAAAAACAAAUCCAUAGGAUACUAACUCCAUGUAAAAUAUCAAAGGAAUAAUCACUCCAUUGACGUCAGUGAGAACAGAUGAGCAGAAGGAGAUCCUUCCCAAAGGUGGAUGUGGAAUUGGAAAUUGGUUCCAGCAUGGCAAGGAAACAACUGGUUAACACAUCAUCACACAGGCAGCACAGUGACAGAAAUUCUAUGCAAUAGCUACUUUACUCAUGUUAUUACUUGGAGCACAAUCUCUACCACACCCUCAAUCCCUCUUCCUUUGAUUUCCUCAAUACCAGUCCUCUGAAAAACAAAUUCUUUACUCAGUUUCAUUUUUCAUACAAAUCCUUUUUAUACUGGAGUUGAUGAGUAAAAUGCAUUAAAAACAAAAUAAUAUUCAGCUGUUCGUAGAAUGACCAAAUAGUCUCCUCAACGUCCAUUGUUGUUUUCUGGCUUAUGGUGUUGCUAUUUUCUUUCAUGCAAGGAAAGGAAAGUUUUUGUAAAUUCAUCUAAGUUUAGAGAACCAUCCUUUUUUCACUGCUGUAGCCUGCGCUCAUAUGAAGCUUUCAGGGUGAAAGACAUUCUAUCAUUCCCACAGUCAUUUUAUUACCAUUUACUGAAAUUACCUUUUGUCAUAAAGCACUGCUACAAUAAUUUUUCUCUUGCAUAUUAUUCUUCUUUAUUCAUUCUGUAUUAUGCUUCAGCCUAGUGUAGAUUUAAGAAAAAAAAAACUUUUAUGAAAAUUACAAGUUAUUGCAGUGCCAUUAGAAUACCUCAGCGAAC